CAGUAUGCCACGCUUCGGCAAACUCCGCUGCUGUUCCUUCAAUAGGAGAGUAGUAGCCUAGCGUAUGAAGAGCAGAAGAAACGUGAGGGAGAAAUAACACCGAGAGAGAAACAGACGGAGCGGCACAAAGGAGAGAGGAGAGUGUUGUGCGAGAGGGCGAUAUAGAGGGAGAUGAGAGGAGAUGCAGGCAGUGGCCUAGAUGUGCGAAUAGCCAAGAGUUGCUCUUUCUGGUUCACUGGAUGGAGGCUGCUCCCGCGCAGGGAGGACUAUAGAAAAUAUGGGGAUGUUUUACGCGGUUAGUUGAAGUCUACACAGUGAACAGUUACUUUUUUUUCAGUACGUUUGUUCGUUCAUUCCUGUUCUGUAUUUUUAUGUAGCCUACAUUGUGUGUUUUGGGGAGAAAUGGGUCAAUAAUUUGGAAGCGCCCAUGCGGUAGCGCACAGUCCCACACACCGCCGCGCGUUAUGGCUCUCUCUGUCAAACAUGGUAUGAAAAUGCACUGAGCCUUUUACAUUUACACACGGCAAAUAUAUAGUUCACGCCGCUUCCUUCGCUCCCCCUAUGUGAUGACGAUGGAAGUGGAAGCUGACAGCGGCAGAGGUAUAUCAAGGAGCGCUCAUGAGAAAUGCCCGCGGGCUGUGGAGCGCAACGGCUAUGUGAAAACAUGUGUCACCCCUCUGUAUCAGGACGCAGGCUGCCAGUCUUGGCUGAGACUCGCAGAAAUAUGGAGUUCCCGGAGACUGUCGUCCGCAGUGUGUGUGGGCUCUGUAUCGGUUAUUCUCGCUUUGCUGGUCAGAUUGGUUGACUGGGACGUGGAGCAGCAGAGUUGCGGCAGUAACAUCGAGACUAACGGCGAGUCUGGAUCUCUAGUUCAUUUCGUGGCGAGCUGUGUGGUGGAACUGUUGUUGAACAUAUGGUACCUGGUGUCCCCUGUCUUCACUCUUGUAUGUGCCUUCUUUUGGGUUGGCUUGUACCUGAUCCGUUGCGGGGUGCUGAUCCGGACCGCCGUGUUUCUGUUGGCAGUGUGUCACUUGGGCGAAGCCGCGGCGCAGUCUCUCCUGCACGGUGCGGAGGACCAGUUGCUGUCGUUUACCGCAACCGUGGUGGUUCUGUCCUGUCUAGCCAGCGGGGCGCUGAUGGUGGUCAGGCUCGGACAGGGGGUUUCCGUCAUCGUCUUCAUCAGCAUCAUCAGGACUGUGUCUCUCAUCUCCCUCAACAAGGUCCGGGCCAGCUGGAGACCCUACCUGGCGUACCUGGUAGGAGUGCUGGGGGUCCUGCUAGCGAGGUAUGCUGACCGGCUCCUGACAGGCUCAGGGCCACUCGGGGCGGGUUGUUGCUACGUGACAGCGGGGAAGGAAGAUAAUAUCAUUCCCGUGUUUAAAAGGCGACGGAGGUCCAGUUCGGUGGUCUCUUCAGAGAUGGCGCACAGUCACAGCAACAGCAAGUCCCACCGAAGGACCUCGCUCCCAUGCAUUCCACGGGAACAGAUGAUCUCACAGACUGAAUGGGACCACAAGAGGGGUGCCCGGGGAUCCCAGUCGUCGGGCACCAGUGUGUUGGUGGACAUAGCGGUGAUGGGGGAAGCCCAUGGAUUGAUCUCAGACCUGCUGGCGGACCCCUCUCUGCCCCCCAACACCUGCAGUUCCCUGCGGGCUGUCAGUAACCUGCUCAGUACCCAGAUCAGUUUGCAGCCGCUGCACCGGCCUCGAAUCAGCCCUCUGCAGGCACUCAGCGACACACACACCUGCUCCGACUCUGAAGACUGGCCAGAGAGAGAGAAACUGGCCAUCCCAAAGCGUCUGAGACGGAGCCUGCCUCCAGGCCUGCUGAGAAGGAUCUCCUCUACAUGGACCACCACCACCUCAGCUACAGGUCUUCCCACCAUAGAACCAGGACCUGUACGCAGAGACCGCUCUGCCAGCAUCAAACCCCUCCACGACAGUCCACCAUGCAGCAUGGUGAACAGUGAGUCGUGGAACAGCUCUGUAAUGCUCACCAUCUCGAAGAGUCGCUCCAUGUCUGCCUCCUACUCUGCUUCAGCCACCUCCAACCACCUAUACAACAGACGCAUGACCAGACCAGGUUACCCCUCUUCCAACAUAUCACCUCUGGCCUCUCCCUGCCACUCCCCUCCAGUCCAGGGGACCCCUGUCUCCAGCCCCACCACCAAGUCCUGCUCUGUGGACCUACCAGAGCCUGUGGACAGCCAGGGAGAGAGGCCUGUGGGCCCCCAGACCCCACACAGAGCCUUAACACACAGCAUCAGUGCACCUAGCUCCACCACACCGCACUGGGGGCCACCAUCUUUCUGCAGCAGCUGUGGCAGACCGUACAGCAGGCUGAGCCAUGGGGAGGGGUCUAUGGACAAAGGGGACAUAAUACCCCACCCUGAUGACCCGGCAGUGGCAUCGUCAGACUAUGAGAGCACCUACGAGACCAACCACAGUGACAGCAGUGACUUUGCACAGAACGAGGAGGACGGGGAGGGGGCCAAGAAGCCCUCGGACACCCAGGACGGGUGUAGGUCGUACCAGCCUGAGGGCAUCGUCCUGCACCCCCUACUGCCACCUCCGGAGGACACACAGCCCAUCCUGGCCCCAGAGCCUCUGGUAAUGCCAGAGCUGGAUCCUCUGAUGACUCAACUCAACAACUGGAACUUCCCCAUCUUCAACCUGGUGGAGAAAACACACGGCCGCUCAGGAUGCAUCCUCAGCCAGGUUUCAUACCGCCUGUUUGAGGACACGGGACUGUUUGAGACGUUCAAGAUCCCUGUCAGGGAGUUCAUGAACUAUUUCCAUGCUCUGGAGAACGGAUACAGGGACAUCCCAUACCACAACAGGAUCCAUGCCACUGACGUGCUCCAUGCCGUGUGGUACCUCACCACCCAGGCCGUGCCAGGCCUGCCCAACCUCCUCACAGACCACAGCUCAGACUCUGACUCGGACAGUGGGCUCCUCAACCCCAGCCAUCCCAGCCAUAUAGGCCAUACAGGGUUCCUGGUCUCUAAGAUGUCUGCGGUGAUGGAGGAGGGUUAUGGAUGUCUGUCUGGCCUCAUCCCAUCCCUGGAGCUCAUGGCUCUGUAUGUGGCUGCAGCCAUGCACGACUACGACCACCCUGGACGGACCAACGCCUUCCUCGUGGCAACUAGCGCUCCUCAGGCUGUGCUAUAUAACGACCGCUCGGUGUUAGAGAACCACCACGCUGCGUCGGCCUGGAACCUGUUCAUGUCCCGGCCAGAGUACAACUUCCUGGGCAACCUGGAGCAUGUGGAGUUCAAACGCUUCCGCUUCCUGGUCAUCGAGGCCAUCCUCGCCACCGACCUCAAGAAACACUUUGACUUCCUGGCAGAGUUCAACGCCAAGGUGGGUGAUGAUGGCUGCUCGGGCAUCGACUGGUCCAAUGAGAACGACCGGUUGCUGGUGUGUCAGAUGUGCAUCAAACUGGCGGACAUCAACGGCCCACUGAAACACAAGGACCUGCAUCUACAGUGGACCGAGGGCAUCGUCAAUGAGUUCUAUGAACAGGGCGAUGAGGAGUCGAGUCUGGGCCUUCCCAUCAGCCCCUUCAUGGACCGCUCGGUGCCACAGCUCGCCAAACUCCAGGAGUCCUUCAUCACGCACAUCGUGGGUCCGCUCUGUUCCUCCUACGACUCCGCCGCCCUCAUGCCGGGGAACUGGGUCGACCCCGCCGACGCACGGAGGACGGAGGGAGAGGAGGAAGAGGAGGUGGGGGAACGAGAGACAGAGGAGGAAGAGGAGGAUACAGCAGAGGAGGAUGAGUCGACUAGCUCUGAGAGUUCCCAGAAGCACGUGGUGAAGCUUACGGAGAGCAGGAGGAGAGUGUUCUGUCCCAUUACUCAGCACCUUCUGGACAACCACGAAAUGUGGAAGAGAGUAAUUGCCUCCGAAACCCAGGACACGCCGGACAGAGAGGCGCCUAACUGCCUCAGCAACCCCGCCGAGCCAAUCACAGCCAUCCACGAGGAGGAGGAGGAGCCAGCCGGCAAGGAGGAGCCAAUAGAUGGCCAGGGAGAGGAGACGGAAGGGGAAGAGACGGGGCUUGCAGAGGAAGUGGUCGAGCAAUCAGAGACUGCGGAGAAAAAGGAGGAGGAGCUGAAGUGAGAGGAUUAUCUUUGACGCUUGAAGAUCAGGAAAUGGAACAUUUAUCCAAACUCAUACCCUCUCCCAACUAGACUUUCUGACUCAUGUCAGAAAUGAUACCCUAUUCCCCAUGUAGUGCACUAGCUGGCCAAAAAUAGUGCACUAUACAGGGAUUGGGGUGUUGUUUGAGACGCAGCCCCUGAUAUUUGGUUGCCAGCAAAUCACUUAGACACAACACUGUAGAAGUUUGGAGUAACAUGUGCCUAAAGAAAACAGGG